AACUAUGUGUAGAAGGUGUUACAGAAGUUGAGACACUUUACCAGUGGGAUCCUGCAAAUAAUCGCCAUGUGCGAGAUGCAUUCCUAAAUUGUAUAAAACAUAGAUGGAGUGACAAUCUUAGGGAUGAGAAGUUGAAAUGGGACAAGAACUCAGCCUAUGUCCCAUGUUGGAUCCCAACUUAUGUAUGAACUCAGCCUAUGUCCCAUGUUGGAUCCCAACUUAUGUAUGGCCUCAGCUGCUGACAUAUUGGGACUCUGGGGAAAGGGAUACUUAUGUUGCGGAGUGCACAAAGAGUCAUGGCUCUGAUGUUAGUUCGUGGCCACGCAUGGAUAACGAGGCAUGGGUUAAGGCUGUUGGAGGUUGCUCAUCUAAUUUCAUGCCAGGGAUUGACUCCCAAGUAAAUCUAGAGAUGGUUGGUUUUACUUACAGGAAGAGACAACCCCGAGAAAACUUCAUAGCAACAUUGAUGGUGUCUGACUAUAAGGAGGCACAGGCAAAAGAUCAUGAGGAGUUAGAAAGACAAUGCCAACAAAUUGCUUUGAUGCAACAACAGUUGGCCAAUAUGACACAAGCUCAGAAUAAUAUGAGCCAGACAAUUGCACAGUCUGUUGCAGCAGCUCUAGCUGCUCAUGGUAUCUCCCCUUAGGCAAGUCAUCAUCCAGUUGCCCCACCACAACCGCCACAUGGUCCUGGCUCAAGUCUUCACAUGAAUUCAACUUUCACCUAUUCCACUGAUUCUACACAAACCUCUCCUAUGGUUCCUGUAUAUUAGCAGCAGUGGCAGUUUCCGCCUCAAGAUGAUGAUGCAUACCAUCUUGCUUUUGAUCUAGACUAUCAGGAUCCUUAGUUUUUUU